AACCCUCACCUUAAUAUCUUUAAAUUGCCCUCAUUAAUCCUCACAGAAAUUGAAACGCAGAGGCGACAGAAAAUCCACCAUGAAAUUCAACUUUGCAGGUGCACUAUUACUGCUGUUACUUAUCCAUGGCCAACAGGCGGUCAUCUGGAGCAAGCCAGAGGCUCCUCCUCCUUCUUGCAAAUCCAUUGAAUGCCCCAUUUACGACAUUAUCGAGGAAUCCGAUUCGUAUGAAAUUCGCCGCUACAACCAUACAGUCUGGAUGUCCACUUCCUCGAUUCGCAACAUUUCCUUUGUGGAUGCUACAAGGACUGGAUUUCUAAGGCUGUUUGAUUACAUCCAAGGGCAGAAUGAGAAGCACGCCAAGGUUCCGAUGACGGCGCCUGUGUUGACGGAAAUAUUUCCGUCAAGCGGACCCUUUUGUGAGUCUUCCUUCAUCGUAAGCUUCUAUGUGCCAGCCAGUUUCCAGAAAAGCCCUCCGAAGGCCAAAAAAUCCCUUGCUUUGGAGGAGUCGAGGUGGGGGGUUCGAUUCGCGGCGGUGCGAAGGUUCGGAGGGUUUGUGAGCGAUUAUAAUGUGGGGGAGGAGGCAGCCAAGUUGCAGGCGAGUCUCAUGGGAACUCGCUGGGAAACUGCCAUUGCUAAAUCUAAAUCUGACGAAUCCUCCCUUUACACUGUUGCGCAGUACAAUUCUCCAUUCGAGUUUGAGAGCAGAGUGAAUGAGAUUUGGAUGCCAUUUAGUAAUCCUAAUUUGGCCUCCAACGUCAAGAUUAGAGAGCUGAGGUGGUAUAUGUAAAGCUUGUGAGCUGAAUCUACAUGAUUAAAAAUAGUCCAAUUUAUCUGUGGAUGAUGUAUGUAGACUAACAUACAUAUAUUUUUAAUUUUUAGAUAUUAAUGCAGCAAAAGUAUCUUUAUCUAGCAGCAUUGAAAGUUGUCGAUGUCAUUUCUGGUUAAUUAAAGAAGAAAAAAACAGUUCUUUU